AUGGAGGGUGAUGGUUAUUCAAUGGUGGAGGAGGGUUGCAGGACGCCGAGACACGAUGGGUGUCAGAUUCCGGCAGACCUGGUUUGCCCGCCGCCUCCGAGAAAGAAGACGGUUUACAUGAAGAAGCGGUCUCCGCCCAAGAAUGGGUAUUUUCAGCCACCUGACUUGGAGGUUUUCUUUGCGGGACAAAAGGCUAUGACCACGUUGCAGAAAUCAGCUAAGAUUAACCAGAAAAAUGUUUUAGAUUCAGUACCGGAAUUCAUAAAUAUUCUAUUCUAA